AUGCUAUUGUUUCAAGGCCGACAGAGAUUGAUGAUGCUACAUACAUGGAAGAGAUUGGAUGCUAUUGUGAAACAAUGGAUCUAUGGAACCAUUUCAAGAGACCUUGCUCAUACAAUCAUGAAACCGGGUGCCUCGGCUUUAGAGUUAUGGACCUGGCUUGAGGAGAUUUUUCAUGAUAAUAAGCAUACUAGGGCAGUUUAUUUAGAGGAACAGUUUGCAAAUACAAAACUUGAACACUAUGCUAAUAUGUCAGAUUAUUGUAAGCAAAUCAAGUUCCUUGUGGAUCAACUUGCUAACGUUGAUUGUCCGGUCUCCGAUUGUAAGAUGGUUAUGCAACUCAUUGCAGGUUUCACCAAGGGUGAAUAUGACACCGUGGCGGCUAUCGUCUCCCAAACCGAACCUACUCCAAGCUUCAACAAGGCACGCUCCAUGUUUCUCCUAGAAGAAACACGGCAAAAGAAGCAAGAGGAAUCGGGCCAACAAGCCCUAGUGGCCCAAUCCUUUGAAGCCCAAUCCGCGUCAGCACCAUCACAGAACAACCAGCAAUUUGCGGCUGAUCAGCGUGGUGGUGGUGGCGGCGGCUGA